AUGUCAAAAAGAACAAAUACUCAAAUUCAUUCUUCUUCCACAAAACCUACCAACGCAGAAAUAUCGAAUUUUAUUCCCUCCGAUAAUGCUUAUACCAACGCCGAAGAAAGGCGUAAAUUUAAAGAGAGGCGUAAAUUUAGAAAGAUGGUGUUGGAUAGUCGUAGAUCCAAUGUGAUACGUGAAUCAACAAAUUCUAACAAGAUAUCAUCAUCAAAUUCAACAAAAUCCCAUACGUAUGACCUACAAAAUACAACACUAGCAACACCAUUUACCAAUAAAACUACCAGCUUGCAUAAUGUUUAUAUAAAUAUAAAUCAUACAAGUCCCUUCAGUACUUCCACAUCUGGUCUAUCUAAUUAUAAUAAUAACAACUCAACCCCGUCAUCCAAAAGUCAACGAUAUACUAUAUGUUCAAAUAUCAUUACAUCUAUGACCUCAACUUUAAGGAAGUUAUCCAAAGGUAAACAUACGUUAUUAAGUAACGCACAAUCUCUAUCUCCUUUGCCAAUGAAUGACUUGACACCAGAUGCACAAGAUCCAUAUAAAGGAGUAUCUAAAUAUUAUUUAGAUCAUGGGGAUCAAUUAGUUAUAUGUGAAGUAUGUAAUGCCAAACCGUGGGCGUGUAAAGCAGGAAAGGGAAGAGAUUUUGCUGGCAAAACAACUUACAUGCUUUGUUGUGGUUAUGGGAAGCUCUAUAUAUAUGACACUAAUAACGAAGUUUCUAAUAGAAAGAACAUAUUCAGUAACUCAAAGAAAGUGUCUUCAGCAUCUUUUGAUUCCCUUGACACUGAAAUCAUAGAAUACUUAAAGGUGAUGUUAGAUUCAAAUAAUCAGCUGGUCAAAACAUAUAGGCGUGUAAGAGAUCGCUUUCUUGACAAUCCUCAUGUUGACCUUAAAUUACGCCUAAAGUCAAAAAGGACUAAAGAUGGACGUACAUACAACUUACCAACAUCUUCUGAAGUUGCUGCACUUAUAGUUGGAGAUAUUGAAGAUGCACUAGACAACCGAGAUGUUGUUGUAGAUUCAAAAAAAGAUGGUUUACAACGUAUAAGUGAGCUUCAUCCAUCCUAUAUCGCGCUUCAGUAUCCAUUGCUAUUUCCUUUUGGAGAAGACGGUUAUCGGAUUGAUAUUCUUCACAGAGAAGGAAGAUCAUCAAAAAAGAAAAAAGAUUCUAAAUGUUCAAUGAGGGAAUAUUUUGCGUAUCGUAUUCAAGAUAGGGACAAUCAAUUCUCUCUAAUUUUAAACGCCAGACGACUUUUGCAACAGUUCUUAGUUGACAUCUAUACAAUGGUUGAAAGUGAGCGUCUAUUUUACAUACGCUUCCAACAAAAAAAUCUAAGAUCCGAGUCAUAUGAGAACCUUAAUAACUUGCGACAAAAUGGAAAUGAAGAUAUGUCAAAUGUUGGAAAACGUGUAAUAUUACCGUCUUCCUUUACUGGUGGUUCACGUUAUAUGAGGGAAAACUAUUAUGACGCAAUGGCUAUUCGUAAAUGGUUUGGCUAUCCUGAUUUUUUCAUUACAAUCACGUGCAAUCCUAAAUGGCCAGAGAUUAAAAGAUUUCUAAAGGAUAAGAACAUUAAUCCCGAAGAUAGACCAGACAUUUUAUGCCGACUGUUCAAAAUUAAGCUGGACUCAAUCAUAAAAGACUUGCGAGAAAAGUCAUUAUUUGGGAAAUCUUCGGAAGUGAUUUAUACAAUAGAGUUUCAAAAAAGAGGCCUACCCCACGCUCAUAUCUGUUUGUUCUUACAAGAUGAUAAUAAGCUACCUUCGGUUGAGCAUGUUGAUAACUUUAUCUCAGCUGAAAUACCUGACAAAAAUGUAGACCCAGAGUUGUAUACGCUUGUCAGUGACUACAUGAUUCAUGGACCUUGUGGUCUUGCAAAUCUCAAUUGUCCAUGUAUGUUCGAAGAUUCCGGGUUAUUUGUUGAGAAAUCAGAUGUUCAGCUUGACAACAGAAGUGUAGUCCCAUACAACAAAACACUUUUGAGACGUUAUCAAGCACACAUUAAUGUCGAGUGGUGUAACCAGGCCGCUUCAAUUAAAUACCUGUUCAAAUACAUUAACAAAGGUCCCGAUAGGACAGAAGUUGCUAUUAUACAAAAUGAUGAAGAAGGUCACCGACAAAAUGGGAAAGACGAAAUCAAAAAGCAUUAUGACUGUAGAUAUCUCUCGGCAUGUGAAGCUUCGUGGCGCAUUUUUGCAUAUGAUAUUCAUUAUAGGUAUCCUUCGGUAAUCAGGCUUCCUUUUCAUCUACCAGACCAUCAAAAUGUUAUAUACGGUCCUGAUGAUGAGCUAGAAAACAUUCUUAACAAAUCAUCAAUUUCGUCUACGAUGUUUUUGUCCUGGAUGGAAGUUAACAAAAACAAUGAGUUCGCACGUACCCUUACUUAUGUUGAAUUCCCAACUAAAUUUGUAUGGAAUUCUCAGGAUAGAACAUGGACAACACGAAAAACAGGCAAACCCAUUGGACGUAUUCAUUGUGUUAAUCCAUCUAUGGGCGACACUUAUUUUUUAAGAAUCCUUCUUAAUAAGGUAAGAGGUCCUAAAUCAUUUGAAGAAAUAAGAACAGUAAACGGACAAGUCUUCCCUACAUUUAGAGACGCAUGCUACGCUCUAGGCCUUUUGGAUGACGACAGGGAAUAUAUCGAAGCUAUUAAGGAGGCUUACUAUACAGGUUCAGGAUACUAUCUUCGCAAUCUAUUUGCUACCAUGUUGUCGUCUAAUACCUUAUCUAGACCUGAACACGUGUGGGAAAAUGCAUGGGAAUACCUUGCAGAUGGCAUCUUACAUACGCGUGAGAAGCAAACAGGAAUUGAAGGCUUAUCUCUUCCUGAAGAACAAAUAAAGAAUCUAACGUUGCUGGAAAUAGAGAAUUACUUACUUCGGAAUAACUCUACCCUACGAAGGUUUCCUUCUAUGCCAUAUCCUGAUAGUCAAUCCAUAGCCUCAGCAGACAAUCGUUUAAUAACAGAUGAGCUAUCAUAUGAUGUAAGUGUUGUUGGUGCAGAAUUUAAUACUCAUCUAAGUACUUUAACAUCUGAACAACGAUUAAUAUUUGAUGAGAUAACUUGUGCCGUUGAUGAAAACAAAGGAGGUUUAUUCUUUGUUUACGGUUAUGGAGGUACUGGUAAAACCUUUUUGUGGAAGACAUUGUCCUCGGCUAUCAGAUCUAAAGGCCAAAUUGUAUUAAACGUAGCAUCAAGUGGAAUUGCAUCUCUGUUGUUAUCUGGUGGUAGGACAACACAUUCUAGGUUUCAUAUUCCUUUAAAUCUUACCGAAGAAUCAAUGUGUCACAUCAGGAGGUUGCUGAUUUACUAA